GAGCAUUAUUGUGAGUUUGUUCAAAGAGGAACCGGAACUUGAUCUACUUCCGGUACACUGCCGGACCUGUGUUGGAGACGGACCGGGAAAAGCGCUAGGUUAUCGAAGUCUUCUCUGAAGUCUUGGACCCGAUCAAUCUCUACAAAGUCCUGAAAGCUGUCUCUGCCGCGCAGACAAGAUGUUGAGACGUGCCUCAGCACAGAUCUUCAGACAGGUGGUGCGAUACAAGAGCAUGGAGACCAGCCUCAUCCUGGAGCGAUCGAUAAACCGCGUGCAGCUGUUGGGCCGAGUGGGUCAGGACCCGGUGAUGAGACAAGUGGACGGUCGUAACCCGGUUACCAUCUUCUCGAUAGCGACCAAUGAAAUGUGGCGCUCUGGAGAGGGAGAGACGAGCGCAACAGGGGACAUCAGCCAGAAGACGACGUGGCAUCGUGUGUCGGUGUUCAAACCUGGUCUGAGAGACGUGGCCUACCAGCACGUGAAGAAAGGCUCGAGGAUCCUGGUGGACGGGAAACUGGACUACGGAGAAUACGUGGACAAGAACCAAGUGAGACGUCAGGCCACCACCAUCAUCGCAGAAAACAUCGUCUUCCUCACCGAAAACGUUCGAGACAAAUCUUGAAGCACCUUCCUCUUCGUCUCCACGCAACAAUAAGACGACUUCUUUUAUUCUUUAUUCACUUGUUCAUGCAAAAGUAAGACGGAGGACCCUGAAGUAAAACACCACCAAGUAAAGGAACUGACUCGCCCGAAGAGAAGAGGGGACGGAAUAUGCUGUGACACCAUCUGGUCAUGUUUGACUGCAGACGUUGGGGCACGAAGAGAAGUUUAAAUACACGUACUGAAUAUGAUUUCCAUCGUGCUACUUGUACAGCACUGUCGCAAAGAUGCAGUUUGUUCCUCUUUGUGUGUACUCGAGUUUAAUGUGUGAGAAUAAUGUUGGAGUUUCGCCGUGUUUGAAGAUGUUGUAGCAACUCUUACUCGUGUUCAUAGGAUCAUAGACACAAGUUAGUACAGUUUCCCUUUUGCAUCAGUUAAGACAAACUCUUUAAACUUAAUAAAAGUGUUACUUGGUGAGGAAGUCUAUAACUCUCUGGUGACCAGACGUGUCACUUCAUUAACCAGAUAAAUGUAGAUCAUCAGAUUCAUUCUUUAAGCUGUAAGACAUGUUCCUUGUUCUGGUCUGACUUGUUGAACUGGGGAGUUAUGUGCAGAAUACUGAAACACUCGAGGGUAAAGAAAGAAACCAGCAUGUACAAACUAAACUAUCCACUUAUUCCCCCGUUUCUCCUGCACUUUGUUUUCCCGUUCCCGUCCCUUAAUCGUACGGUUAUAACAGAACAGUAAUGUAUGUUUUUAUUAUGUUUUGUCUACUCCUGUGUUUUGCUUUGUCACUCUCUUGUCAGUUAUUAUCUCUAUAAUCUGCUUCUUCAUUUCCUUCCCGUGCAGAGACUGGAUUCUUUCUGCUCGGUCACUUCUCUGUAAUGUUUGCUAUAAUAGACCUCUUUUUCCAAAAAAUACUUUUGUUUUGACUUUGUGCUCAUCUUCCACACAGUCAGCUCGUAUGAUUUAACCGUCCUGUGUAAAUAA